GUUCGGGGCUGGGGGGCGCGGGGACCGGGUGCCCGGCCGGAAGGCCACACCACCGAGAGGCCGGCCGGCCGCGGCGCGCCUAGAGCGGCACCGGAAGCACCCCGGGCGGGGCCUCGGGCCGGUUUCCGGCUGCGGCGUGCGUGCGGCCGUGCGGGCUUUGUCGGCCGACUUGCGGGGCGGGCGGCCGCUGGUUCGCGUGCGGGGCGAGCGCCGUCCUCUCGCCGCUGGGCGCCGGACUCUGACUGGUGACUGGAAGGUGACUCUGGAGCCUGAAUUUCUGAGCAUGGACAUCUGCAGAAGACAGUGUCUGAAGCCCUCACAGUGAUGGAGCUCGCUGCCCCUGCACCUGGGGGGGACCUUGAACCCAGAUUAGGGGGGCUGUUGGGAAACCUGGAGGGGCAGAGCCUGCGGAGCUGCCCCUCCCAGGAGGGAGGUUGCAAGCACGUGACAGUCACCCACUGGAGAAUCCAAACAGGAGAGGCUGCGCAGGUGGGCAGUAGGUCAGGAGGAAGCCCGGUCCUGAGCUCAGACCUCCUCCUGCUUCGGAGAGAGCUGACAGAAGGGGAGGCCCCGCAGCGCCAGGCUUGCGGAAGCUUCCCGUUUAAUUCGGACCUGGUCAGACAUCAGGCUUCUCAGUCUGGGGAGAAGGCUCACAGGUGUGACGAGUGCGGGAAGGGUUUCGGCCACAGCUCCCACCUCGUGGAGCAUCGGCACGCCCACGACGGGGGCAGACUGUACGUGUGCAACGCGUGUGGGAAAGACUUCAUUCUCUACACGGACCUUGUGGAGCACCAGAAAGCACACACGGGAGAAAGGCCCUUCAAGUGCGCGCAGUGUGGGAAGGCGUUCUGUCACAGCUCAGACCUGAUCCGCCACCAGCGGGUCCACACCCGGGAGCGACCCUUCGAGUGCAAGGAGUGUGGGAAGGGUUUCAGCCAAAGCUCGCUGCUCAUCCGGCACCAGCGGAUCCACACAGGGGAGAGGCCCUACGAGUGUAACGAGUGCGGCAAGGCCUUCAUCCGCAGCUCCAGCCUCAUCCGGCAUUACCAGGUCCACACGGAAGUCAGGCAGUACGAGUGCAAGGAGUGCGGCAAGGCCUUCCGCCACCGCUCGGACCUCAUCGAGCACCAGCGGAUCCACACGGGGGAGAGGCCCUUCGAGUGUAACGAGUGCGGCAAGGCCUUCAUCCGCAGCUCGAAGCUCAUCCAGCACCAGAGGAUCCACACCGGAGAGAGGCCUUACGUCUGCAACGAGUGCGGAAAGCGCUUCAGCCAGACGUCAAACUUUACUCAGCACCAGAGAAUCCACACGGGAGAGAAGCUCUAUGAAUGUAACGAGUGCGGGAAAGCGUUCUUUCUGAGUUCAUACCUUAUUCGACACCAGAAGAUCCACACUGGAGAGAGAGUGUAUGAGUGUAAGGAAUGUGGGAAAGCUUUUCUCCAGAAAGCCCAUCUCACGGAGCAUCAGAAGAUCCACACUGGGGACAGGCCCUUUGCAUGCAAGGACUGUGGGAAAGCCUUCAUUCAGAGCUCCAAGCUCCUCCUACACCAGGUUAUUCACACUGGAGAGAAGCCCUAUGUGUGUAGUUAUUGUGGGAAAGGCUUUAUUCAGAGAUCAAACUUCCUUCAACACCAAAAAAUUCAUGCUGAAGACAAACUCUAUGAAUGUAGUCAGUAUGGGACAGAGUUCACCUCGACUCCACACUUUAAAGGCAGUCAGGAGGUUCACCAAGAGGGGCGUCCCUUGAGUCAGACCCCCAUACAUUUGGGUGAGAAGUGUGUAGGUCAGGGGGACACACAGACGUAUAAUUAUCCUCCAUCCCAGUGAGUGAUGCCUGGAAGUGAGCGGCAUGAGUCCUCUUGCGGCUUUGGGAGUGUCAGCGUUUCCCAGAGUCAUGGCAGGGCUGCCUCCGCAGUGGGCUGCCACCUCCCGCUUGGGAGCAGUGCCGGCCUGCUGUCCUCCUCCUUGCUGGGAGCGCGUGCCCGCAGGAGAGCGACGUGAUUGCACAGCUGACUUGGAGCUGGACCAGUUUGGGGGGGGAGCUCAGCCUCAGGAGGAGGUUCUUCUGUUUCAUUGCACAAUUGCAGUUCACCCCUGAGUUAAAUCCCUUUUAUAGUGGAUGUAUCUAAUCUUAUUACUUUAAAAGAGUAUUCCUUAGCAAAUUUUGAUCUGUCAGAACAGCAAGUUGGAGAGAGAUACUUUCUUAUCUAAAACCACAAAUCGGUUCCCUGUCGUCCUUAGGAUAGAUUCCAGUCUCCCCAUCCUGCAUCCAAAGGCCUUUUGCUUCCUGGGGCCUCUUCUCCUGCCGGUUAACUCCCUGCUGCACAGUGGGCACUGCCGCUGCACUGACUGCUGGACGUCCACACGUACCCAGGCCGCACCUGCCGCCUCGCCUCCGUCCUGGUUGGAACGCCCACUCUCCUUACCUGGCCGAUGCUUCAGCACCAGUCAGUGCCCAUCCCGGGCAGCGUGUCGGCGCAGCCCGCUCGCCUCUGCUUCCGUCCUCGGUGGUCAUUCACCUCUGUUCCCGCACUUACUCUGAUAUGUCAGGAUUGUGUUUUCUCUCUCUCUCGUUGUUACAGUGUGAAUUCCUGGAGGACAAUGAGCGUAUCUGGUUGAUUUCCGUGUCCCUAGUGUCUAGAGUGAGACAAUAAAAAGCACAGCCCAGUCUUUGUGUGCCUGGCACCUCUCUAUACUGCUAUUUAAAACAUGUUUGGGAUGUUCUUUCUAUUGUUGCUGUUUGUAAUCUGCUGGUCUACUGGAAAUACCUUCUCUCAGCCCUGCUGACAUCUGCUCGUACCGCACUCAGCACUUGCAGGCAAUAGCCAGAAUGAGGCUGGUGACCCGUGUAUUUUUUGCCUUCAGAGCUUGUCCGUGACUGCCCUCUUGUUCUGGGGAAGGCUUGUCUUCAGUUAGUCGUCUGUGUGUCUUUCCGAUUCAUUCUCAGGGCACACAGUCCUGGUGCACUACAUGACUUCUUUCUGUCUUAGCAAUUCCGUGAUUGAGCCCAACUUCUUGCCCUUUCCCUGCUCUCUGGCUCACUUUGUCAUUGAUUUGAAAAUGUAGUGAUCUAAAAGGAACAGUGCUAAAUACUGGGGAACCAAGAUGAAUAAGACACCGUCUGUCUUGAAGUCAUCCAAAGUCUCUUGGGGGAGGCAGAAAGGUCACGGUACACUGAGUUAAAUGUUGAAGUAGAAGUGUGUUCCCAGUUGUGUAGGAGCAUAGGUAAGGAGGUGACUAAUUUGGCACGGGGGAUCUGGGACGGCUUCACAGAGGAGGUGACAGAGAACUGGCCUAAGAGAUAAGUAGACAUUUGUCAACGAGAGCAGUGGAUGAUCUGGGUGGGGGUGGAUCUGGAGAAACGGGAGGCCCGGCGGAUCCCUCUCUAGGUAGAGCUGUUCAAAAGCAGGCCGGUUUUAUUGCACCGCGGGUAACUGUCUAGCAGAACUGUUAGUUGUUGCCUCUCAAUUCCUUUUAUGUUAACACUAAACAAAACAACCCGUUUUGAAUGCUGUAAUAAUGUAUUGCCCAUGAGGGCAUAUCUUGAGUUCUUAAAUUCCAGCAACCCUAGAAGCCUUGAGGGGGUAAAUAAUUCAACAAGCGCAUACUCCAUCUUUUGGAAAACUCACCAUUCCUAGAGAGAUUUCAAAUGGUAUAGAAGCAGAUAUUACCAGAUCAUUUUAACCAACUUUGGUUGAGGUCCAGGUGCCGUACAGUAAGUCACCUAUUUUAAGUGUACAGAACUUUGACAAAUCCAUAUACCCGUGUUACCAUCCUCACAGUCAAGAAAAAUAGCAUUUCUGUCGCCCAGAAAUGUUGCCCUUUGCCCUUGCCCGGUUACGCCCACCCCAGGCCCGCGUCACCACUUCCGUUGGUGUAGGUGCCUCUUGCCUGCUCCAGGCCUUGGUGUCAAUGCAUCCAUGUGGCACGUAACCCUGGCGUCUGGCUUCCCUCACGUUGCAUGUUAAAGACUCAGCCGAGUAGGUCCGUGUUCCCGUAGCUCUUUCCCUUUGUGGGCCGUGUCCCAGUGUAUGGUAAGCAUCAUUUGUUAUUCAUUCACCUGCUGUGGGAAUUUGGGUUUCCAGUUUUGGCUGCAUUGAAUAAAACUGCUACGAGCAUCUCUGCAAAAAUGUGUAUUUGGACAUGCCUCUUUAUUUCACAUGGGGACGUGCCUAGGAAUUCAACUGCUGGAUGAUAAGAUAUAAGAAUUGUAACUUUAUAAGAAAUUGCCAAAAAGGUCUUCAUCGUGGUUGUGGCCUUUUACACCCCUGCCGCUGUCAGGGUUCCACUGGUCCAGAUCCUUACCAACCGGCAGUGUUGUCGCGCUUCUAAACCUAACCCCCUCCAGGGGCACUGAGUGAUGCGCGUCUAUGUUUCUCAUGUGUGUUUGCUGCCGAAGGAUGAGG